AUGCUCGCUGAUGCCCUGAACGAAGAACCUGUCGAUGCCAACCUCCGGAUGCACCACAUUAGUGCUUGUAGUCAUACACUUGGUAGCAUCAAAGAACGACUUCGAAAGCCCGAGGCAGAUCUGGCCAAACCUGACAAGCUUACGCGCUUCCAACGGAAGCUCAAAUGGCCCUUCACUUCGGACGAAAUGCGAGAGCUGCUCUCUGAACUCGACCAGCACCAAUCUCGUAUUCAGCUUGCACUGUCGGCAGACACGAUGAAUGGUAUCCUGCGACUGCUGGCCCGACAGGAGGACUCGCAGUUCGCAGCGGCCUUGCUUGCAGAUGACGUGAGGAAGACCCUUGAGAUCGGCGUGCGUGUUCAAGUCGAUUCCCGGCGCCAGACGGUGUUAGACUACUUCAUGAAGCCCGAGGUCAACCCUCAGCCCAGUUUCGAAAGGAGUAUCAAGCUAAGACACCCUUUGACGGGCUUGUGGAUUCGGCACUAUCCGAAUGUCCAGAAUUGGCUCACAAUCCCCCAAUCUCAUGUGUGGCUCAACGGCAUUCCCGGAGCUGGAAAGACGGUCUUGGCAGGGACAAUCAUCGAAGAUGCUUUGCGACUAAGCAACGAGAGAAUAUGCGCGGCAUUCUUUUACUGCGAUUAUCGAAACGACGAGACCAAGGUCCCAUCGAGUAUUCUAGGCGCUGUUGCCUGUCAGAUAGCUCUACAGAAAGGCAAAGCAUUUGAUGUGCUACAACGGUACUAUAACGCCCUUCACCCAAGUAACCGGCUGCGUAGGAAACCAUCAAUCGAGGGUCUCACGGCCACCAUCACAAUCAUGUCCGAGCUAUACGACCAGCUCCUCCUCGUAGUCGACGGGGUCGACGAGUGUAUCGAUUCGACUGGCGACGUGUUAUCCGCGCUUCUAAGCAUCUCAUCUAUCGACAACAGUUCACUGGCUAUAUUGAGUCGGGAUGAGGGAAACAUGCGCGAGAUUCUCGGAGUGGAAGCAUUCACAGAAAUCGAGAUAGCAGCCACAACUCGAGACGUUGAACUCUACAUCACGAGCGAACUGGAAGCGCGAAGAAGGCUCCGUGAUCUUACCGCCACUAUGAAGGAGGAGAUAUUAAACACCCGUGAGUGGCUAGCUACCAGAUUCGCCUUGUCUCUGCGCCAGGAAAUUAACCCGACACUAGUCAAAGACCGAGCGGAUGGAAUGUUCCGCUGGGUAACAUGCCAAUUGGAUUAUCUGUGCCAACUCAUCACCGAUAGAAAACGGCGAGAUGCAUUGAAGAAGCUACCCCCCGACUUACCGAAGAGCUAUCUUCGAAUUCUCGAAGGAAUACCGAAAUCCCAGUCAGAUUUAGUAGAGAAGGUCCUCCAUCUUGUCGCCUUUGCCGAUCCGCAACUCACGAUUGAAGAAUUAUGCUCGGCCGUUUCGGUCUCCAGUAUAGACGAAGAGUUGGACAAAGAAGAUUACGUUCCAUGUGCCGAAAUCAUGCGCUACUGUAGCAGCUUACUUCAUAAAUCAAACAAGGACCAGCAUCUCGAGUUCGCCCAUUUCUCUGUUCGGCAAUUCCUAAAGAGCAACUUCUCCUCGGAUCCAGCCAUCAGUCGGCACAAGAUCACCAAGUCGCGCGCGCAGAAUAUCCUUGCCACCCAGUGCCUUUUCAUCCUUCAGAGUCCCAACUUUCAGAGGCACCCGCUUGAAGCAAAUGAAGAACUCAAAGACGUAGUGAGCAGAAUGGCAGACUACCCAGUGUACAAAUAUGCUUCCUGGUGGUGGAUGAGGAAUGCCAGAAAUCAUAUGAGCGAUCUCCAACUGUUCAAUCUGGUAAAACAACUGUUCGAUCCUCAAAAAAGUGGUGUCUUCAUAUCGUGGAGUGUUGCUUUUCAUCUUCAACUUCUACAACAUCUACUCUUCGAAGGUGCGGUCUACCUAAGAGGUCUCGAUAUCGGAGAGGUUGAGGUCCUUCUAGUGGAUACGAUUCUACACGGAACGUUCAAGCCAACUCACCAAGCAUCGUUACUAGCCAUACCGGAAAUCUGCCGCUCACUCAUUGAUAGCGAGCGAGGAUAUGGUUCCUAUGAAAAGCUGGAGUCUCCGCUGGCUUUGGUCCUCACUGGACCAGGCUACCUGAUAGGCAGGUUGCCCGGCCUGGCUAACAAGUUCAGUUACUCCGCGGUGGAUGAUGCUGAGGAAGAAGAGCAAAGCGUCCUCGUUUCUUGGGCGGUUUCUGGGUUUUCCAAAGAACCUGGUUAUCUCGAAAUUGCAGCGGCCUUCAUCAGGGCCGGUUUCCAAUUCAAGUUCGGUGGUCAUGAUGAGCUGAGACUACACAAUGUCCGGUACACGUACAUCAAAGAAGAUAAUACCGAGAGAGCUUUCGAAACUCUCAUCAAGGCUCUCAACCCCCUGGUUCGAACAUCAUCUGAUGCUAAAGAUUUAUGCUCCUGGGCCUGGAAGACCGCGGUCAGUCUGGCGCUGAAAGUUACACGAGACCCGUUUCUUAUAGAUACGAGCAUAUCUCUUUCCCAUGAGUCUGUGGUCGAAAAUGCCUGGUACGCGGUCAAUAACAGCGAUCCAGGAAUGCUCGAGAGAGCACUGCAGGACCCGAGGCUCAAGGUCUCCGCAUCGGGCGAGGGCAAUCGGUCGCUGCUUACACUGGCCAUCCAUGUUGGCUCAUCCAAAAUCGCCAAGAUCCUGAUCGAUGGAGGCUGUAACGUGUCAGCCGAAGACCGGGGUCAUCGGCGCCCUUUGCACCUUUGGGCGAAGAAACGUAAUUGGUCUGGGUCAAACCAAGAACAUAUCUUUCGUCUGCUCGUCAAAAACGGCGCAUCCAGCUCGGUACAGGAUGUCCAUCGUAAAAGCGUAUGGCAUAUAGCGGUGUCGAACUUGAAUGCGUUGAAGUUGCUGGUAGAAGCAGAGGACAUAAGCUGUAUCAGCGAGGUGCUAUCCACCGCGGAUAAUGAUGGCUACACACCAGUCACGGCGGCGCUGCGGAAACAAAAGACGGACUGCAUUCUUAUCCUUCUUCAACACUGCAAUGGCGGCGACGCUUAUUGGCAGAGCCCCGAGCCUAUCUUCGCACUUGCUGCAGGAGUGGGUAGCGAGGCAGUCGUCAAAGCCCUGGUCUCGCAAGGUGCUGAACUCGAGACGCUUCAAGAGGACAGAACUACACCCUUCAUCACCUGA